AAUGCAUUAACUUUAUAGUUCAAUUGAGUAUUAUGUGAAUAAAUAGUAUAAGCAAACUGCUAAGUCUUUUUGCUUUGUUUAGCCAACAAAUGAAGGAAAUCUGACUCUUUUGAAUGGCUUUGGUGAAGAUAUAGUUGCUAAUAAAACCCGACGUAUACUUAUCUCAUACUUGGGAGCAUUCAGUAAAGUAUCGAGACUGAGUAGUUAUAAUGCGGAAACCGGUGCCGGCCUUUUUGACGUUUUGAACAGCAGUAGAAGCAGUUCAAAUAUUCAAGCCAAUUGCAUUGAUGUCGAUUUUAUGGGUUCUUACAUUUCUGGAGCAUUUCACUUGGCUGUCGAGCAAAUCAAUGCAGAUCCAGGUCUGUUGCCUGAUUAUCACCUGGAAUACGUCUUUGAUAAUACAUGCAGAGAUGAACUGCUCAGUACCAAAUGGUUUAUGGAACAUUGGAAACGUGGAGCUAAAGCAUUUUUUGGUUUCGAGAUGCGCUGCAGAGCUGCUGCUGUAAUGGCUGCAGCUCAGAACCUCCCAAUUAUAUCCCAUAAAUGCAGUGACGAAAGCGUCUCUAACAAUAAUUACCCAACGUUUGCGAGAACUGUACCGGCUUUAACAGAAAUAACUAAAGCAUUUCUAUCGCUUUUUAAUCACUUUAAGUGGCGAAAAUUUACUGUUAUCUGUGACGAUUCGGACAAAAGUGAGGUCAUGCUGCGAACAAUUAAGAUGGGUAGAACGGGAUUAAUGGAUAAAGGCGAGUAUGCUCUUGUCUAUUUGGACGCUGAGUACGACUGGAAGGACGUAUACCAUGCGAUGAACAAUCAUUUUUUUCGAAAUACUCUUAAGACCAUAAGCCAGUCUUGGGAUGACCCAGACUCUGAAGACCUUGAGUUAAUCAAUUACUCCAGAUCAGCAAUUGCCAUUAUUUCUACACCUGUACAAGUGACAUCAGCUAAGUUUCAGUAUUUCUGGAGAAAAACAAAAGAAUAUUCGAUUCAUUUUAAGCAAAAAAAGGUUCCUGAAGGUGUUGAGUCUAAUCGUUUUGCUUGCUAUCUUUAUGACGCUGUAAAACUUUAUGCUACCGCAUUAACAGCUGUUUUGAAAGAAACAAGCCAGGAAGAAAUUUCUCGUGGAUAUGAUCCAGUUUCUGACGGCAAAAGAAUAAUUCAAAAAAUUAUUGGAAGAACCUAUCGAAGUAUAGUUCUCAAAGUCAUAUUUUCUGAGUUUUUUUAUAGCACAGUUUUUACCAGGCAGCGACGUGCAGAGCUACGAAUUUUAGGCAUACAGGGCUUUGAAACACGCAUAGAUAGAAACGGGAGUGCCAUGGGGAACUAUACAUUAUUAGCGCUGCAGGAAGUGGAACCCGUGACAGAUCCAAAAAAUGCCAGUUAUUAUCCGUUUAAUGCAGCUUUGACUGUUACAGCAGACUUUGUUUACGAAGGAGUUCUACCGAUGCUGAGAUUCAAGCAUGCAAUUCAGUGGGUGAGGGGUAAACCCCCUUUAGACGAACCUAAAUGCGGUUUUUAUGGCGAGAAGUGCUCGGUACAAAAAGAUGAGUAUUAUUGCUUUGCAAUGUUUUCAGCUGUUCAAAAGCAGAUAUAUUCUUAUGAUUUUGAUAGAGUAAAAAGUUCUGUGCAGAAAACACUGCUGUAG